GGAAAUAAAAUAAAACUCCAGAAAAAGGAACAAAUUUCCCGCAGGGUUUUAGGAGGUUUUAAGCUGCCGUUGGCAUCUUCCCUUCAACAACAAACCCUUAGCGUUAGCGAUUCACACAACUCUAACUCGCCCUCUAACUCACCAAUUCCAUACGAUUCAAACUCAUCGAACCUACCAUGUCGUCUCUAAACCCUGAACCCACCGAUCCCCAAACCCCAACAAACCCUCCAGUUUCGUCCUUUACCGAAAACCCAAACCCGGUCGACCCUGAUCAACCCAACCGCGAGUCUUCGAAUUCAGGAGGAGGAGAAGAAGUAGAAGGAGGGGAAGGAGAAGAGGAAGAAGGAGAGUGUGGGUUUUGCUUGUUCAUGAAAGCGGGUGGUUGCAAAGAAAGCUUUGUAGCUUGGGAAACGUGCGUGGAUGAAGCCGAGAAGAAAGGGGACGAUAUUGCCAUGAAAUGUAUGGAAGCAACUGCGGCUUUGAAGAAGUGCAUGGAGGCUCACGCCGAUUACUAUGAGCCGAUACUAAAAGCAGAGAAGGCUGCCCAUGAAGAAGCCAUUAGGGAGUUAGAAAAAGAAAAGGCUGCUAAAGAUUCUGAGGAAAAUUUGGAACCCAAGGAGGAUUCGAAGAAAAAUUGAGUGCUAUUACCUCCAUUCUACAAACUGUCUGCAACAGAAAAGACCCAGCUGUGAUGUUUACCAUAUUGGUAGGCUUUCUGUUUCCGUUGAUUAUUUUAUGUAUGGAUUGGUUAAAAUCAAGACAUCUAUGGAAGUAAGCAUGUUAAGUGGAUGUAGUUUCUGCAGUGGAUAUUUGGAUAAUUGCAGCUCCCGCUACAAGUAUCAUAUGCUAUAUGUAUUUUCUAUUUUGAUUUUUCUUUCGUAUGCUUUGGAAUGGGGAUCUUAGCCAGUCAGAGAGACUUAAGAAGUACAUAUAAGAUUAAAUACAACUUGCUCCAGUUAAGCUUUGU